AUGUCGGAAGUAGUCGUCAAGGAACUUCGUGUCGAAACAAUAACAUUAACCAUUAUAGGGUCAAGCGGGUUCACCAAGUUCAAUGAAAAAGCUAUGCACGCUUCGUACCUGAUAAGUUUACGAAUCGCAAAAGCUGGCAAACCACAUACUAUCGGAGAGAAUUUAGUAUUGCCAGCAAUAAAAGAUACAGUUGGAGUAAUGUUUGGUGACAAGUUCUCAAAAGACGUCGAAAUGAUACCACUAUCAAAUGAUACAGUUACACGUAGAAUUAAUGACAUGUCUCAAUGGACAGAAAGUCGGCUGAUUGAAAGAGUCAGUAAAAGUAGAUUUUUCUCACUACAACUAGAUGAAUUUACCGAUGUUCAAGGUUUAUGUCAGCUGCUUGUAUUCAUUCGUUAUAUAUGGAACAACGGACCACAUGAAGAUAUGUUAUUUUGUGAACCAAUUAUACGUGGUACUAGUGAGGAAAUAUUCAAUACCCUCAAUACUUAUAUCAAUAAAAAAGGUCUUGAUUGGGUAAAAUGUAUCGGAUUAUGUACAGACGGUGCUAGAGCUAUGUGUGGUAAAAAUAGUAGUGUUGUAACUCGAAUGCUUGAAGUUAGUCCGAAUGCAUCAUGGACUCACUGCAACAUUCACAGGGAAGUUUUAGUAUCGAAAAAUCUUCCGGAUAACUUGAAAAUCGUGUUGAACACUUCUGUGAAAAUAGUCAAUUUCAUUAAGACAAGGCCAUUGCAAUCACGAUUAUUUGAAAGGUUGUGUGAAGAGAUGGGAAGUUCUCAUAAAUCUCUUCUUUUGCACACUGAUGUACGUUGGCUUUCAAGAGGAAAAGUACUAACAAGACUUGUGGAACUCCGUGAAGAAGUUGCACUGUUUCUUAAAGAAAAAACUGAUCUGCAAAAUUAUGAUUGUUUUGAAACAUUUCAAACUUUCAUAACCGAAAAUAAUAUAAAAGUUCCCGAUGACAUAAUUAACCAAAUCACUUUGCAUUUAAUUUCAUUGAAAGAUAACUUUAAAUUAUACUUCUUUGAAGAAAUAGAAAAAUACCAAAAAAAAAACUGGGUUGUGAAUCCGUUUCAGGACGCCACACUCACAGGAAUCUCAACAAAAGCUGAAGAAGAACUCAUUGAUUUGUCUGAAGAUGCAUCAUUAAAACUUAAAUAUAGCCGCAAUAAUUUGAUUAAGUUUUGGCUGUCAGCUCAACAAACUUACCUAACUCUUUCAACUGAGACUUUAAAGGUAUUACUACCUUUUUCAUCUUCAUACUUGUGCGAAGUUGGAUUUUCGGCAAUGGUGGGAAUAAAAAACAAACUCAGAAAUAAACUCCAACUAUCGCACUCCUUGCGUUUAAAAAUAACUACAAUUGAAGUCGAUGUUGGUGCUGUUAUCAAAGAUUGCAGGAAACAAGCGCAUCCAUCACAUUCGCCUAAUUAUUAA